GUGCGUUGGGUUACCGGAAACGCUCUUGUAGUGCCUGUAGAUUUGUACAGGGCUGCCGUUUUACUGGGCUUACGUUGCAAAUAUCAGAAAAAAUGUGCGAUGGAUUGGUUCAACUCCAAUCCAACUGUCAUCAUAAAAAUCUACUUGACGCCAUGCGGAAGCUAAGGACCAUGGGAAAUCUGUGUGACAUCACAGUCCAGGUCGACUAUCAUGGUGAGCUGGAGGAGUUUGAAGCCCAUCAGGUGGUCCUUGCUGCAUCCAGUAGUUACUUCAGAGCGCUUCUUUUAACCGAUGAAAAAGUGAAGAAAAUAUUCGUGUCCAACAUUUCAGCAAGCGCAUUCGCAAAAUUCCUGGAAUAUGUGUAUUCUGGGAAAAUUGGGGUUGACAAAAGUUACGUCAAUGUUGUAUUACAAAUGGCUGAACUGCUGGGUUGCCAGGACUUAGUGGAUGCAUGCACCUCCCAAAUCUCGGUUAACGAUACACAAAAUCCCAGUGCUGUUUCAGAUGCAUCUCUGCAGAAAGAUGGAGUGGAUUCAAGAACCUCAAAUGCUCGAAUAAAAAAACGUGAACGUGUGAAACGAGCGUUAAAGAGAAAAAAAACAUUCAAAACGCCAGAGAAGUUAAAAAAUAUUAAGGAGAAGGACCAGAGCAGGAGAAGCAACAGGUUAGCCGGCCGCAGAGUGUCUGUGAAAAAAAGAUCAAAGAAACAAAUGGAGACGCCUGAAGAUUCAGAUACAGCAGAAGAAGAACAAACAUCUCAAGAUCCUGAGAUGGAGUCAGAGUCUGGAGAAACACUGGGAGAGAAAGAGGCUGGUGAGGAGAGCCGAACUGAUUCGCCACGUUCUGUUCACGAUGCCUCCGAUGAAGACCCUCAAGAAUCUGACUUCCUCCCCAUUGAGGAAAUGGACGAGGCUGACGAAGAUGAGAAGGAAACCAAAAGAGGAAAUGCAAAGUACAGGUGCGAAAAAUGCAGCCGGUCCUUCUACUACGAGAAAAGCUACCUGAAACAUCUGAAGAUCAACCACGGCGUUCAGACGGACACCACCUUCCGCUGCGACGUCUGCCAGCAGACCUUUGCCAACCGCUGCAACCUGAAGAUCCACCAGCGGCACGUUCACAGCGACGAGAGGCUCUUCCCCUGCGACAUCUGCAACAAAUCCUUCAAGCGCAAGAAAGACGUGACCCGGCACAGGCGACAGGUGCACGAGGGCGGCACAGACAGGCACUUCUGCCAUAUCUGCGGCAAAUCUCUGAGCUCCAAAACGGCCCUCACAUUACACGAGAGGACGCACACGGGGCACAAACCCUACAAAUGUAAUGAAUGUGGAUCUAGUUUCUCUCAAAGUUCAGCUCUCAAGACACAUCAGAGGAUCCACACUGGAGAGAAACCAUUCGCUUGCGACCUCUGCGAUGCCCGAUUUACCCAGAACCACAUGCUGUCCUACCACAGGAGAUGUCACACAGGUGAAAAGCCGUUCAUGUGCGAGAAUUGCGGCAAGAGCUUCGCGUCCAAAGAAUACCUGAAACAUCACAACAGAAUUCAUUCCGGAUUCAGACCUUACAAGUGUGAAACCUGCAAUAGAGCGUUUGCUCAGAGAAACUCACUUCACCAGCAUAUGAAGAUACACACAGGUGAAAGGCCGUAUCAUUGUACAGACUGUGAUAAGCAGUUUACUCAACUCAAUGCCCUUCAGAGACAUCAGAGAAUCCACACAGGAGAGAAGCCGUAUAUGUGCAGCAUGUGUGGAAGAACAUUUACAGACAAAUCCACCGUACGCCGACAUACACUGACCCAUGACAAACAAACUCCGUGGAAGAACUACCUUGUUGUUCUGAAGGGAAAUGUUGAAGAUAGAGUCAAGAAGGUAAAAGGUUCUCAAAAAAAGGAAAAGACCCAGACCGUCGCUCCUGAACCUCAGAGCGAUGCAGGAAAACCCCAAGAAGUGGUUACUGUGUCCGGUGAGCCCGUGACUAUUUCUGGUGACUGGACCGGGUCCGGCACCGGCACCAUCGCACUGGUGAGCCACCCCUCCCUGGGCGGCCUCACGGUCAUCCAGACCGACGUGCCCACAGGUACGCAGCUACAGCCCAUAGUCACCGUAGACGGUAGCGGCAUCAUCUCGCUGGAUGGUUCUGCGGUUAGCGGUUCGUUCAACAUUCCCAUCUCCGUCGCACAUUCCAUCACAGUAUCUCCAUCCAUGUCCACGUCUGUCCACGGUUCAGAGGUUAUCUUGACUCCAGCCGUGUCCACGACUACAGGAGCAGUGGAAACUACAGAGAGCGCUCUGGCUGCGGUUUCUGUAUCUGAUGAAUGCAUGGAGGAGAUGAACGUGUCAGAUAUUAAGCAGGAAGAGACGGAGAGCACAGAGACUGCAGAGGCUUCAGCCAACAUAGAAAUCACACUAGAAGAAAGUGUCGAGUAGUUUAUGUUUGUGCUCUGUUAUACAUUUACAUAUCAUAUGACGACAGCAUUGAAUCAUCAAUGAAAACUGUAAAUACUUUUUCCUUUUUUGUGAAGAAAGCUUUAAGAGACGAAGGCAAAAAUGUUAGAUGCCCAUUUUGAUUUGAUUCAGUAACUUAUGUAGAUAUUUAACUUUGGUUUCAUUUCUGAUCGUAGGCUUUACGCCAUAUGUUUUUUUAUAGAUAAAUUACUUUGUUUUUUUGUUGUUAUUCAUUACAGUAAAUAUGUUUUAGAUCAACGCUAAAUCUUUCUGUAACACAAUAUUUAUAGUCUUUCUAGUAUCCUCUUGUAUAAUGAAUUUGCUCAAUGACAACUGUCCUUAACAUCACUUAUUAAUAAAGUG